AUGGCCCCCAAUUCCAUCCACUGGUUCCGGAAGGGACUCCGUCUACAUGACAACCCAGCGCUCAGGGAGGCAGUCCAUGGGGCGGGCACAGUGCGCUGCGUUUACUUCUUGGACCCUUGGUUUGCAGGCUCUUCUAAUGUCGGGGUCAACAGGUGGAGGUUUCUUCUCCAGUGUUUGGAGGAUCUGGAUGCCAACCUUCGGAAGCUCAACUCCCGCCUUUUUGUCAUAAGAGGCCAACCAGCCAAUGUGUUCCCGCGGCUCUUUAAGGAAUGGAAGAUCUCUCGGUUGACGUUUGAGUAUGACUCUGAGCCUUUUGGAAAGGAGAGAGAUGCCGCCAUCAAGAAGCUGGCAAUGGAGGCGGGAGUGGAGGUCAUCGUUAAGAUCUCACACACACUCUAUCACCUGGACAAGAUUAUAGAACUGAAUGGUGGCCAACCUCCUCUUACCUACAAGCGAUUCCAGACACUAAUCAGCCGACUGGAUCCUCCAGAGAUGCCUGUGGAGACACUUUCAGACAGCCUGAUGGCCAACUGCAUAACACCUGUCUUGGACGACCAUGGAGACAAGUAUGGAGUCCCAUCGCUGGAAGAGCUUGGCUUUGACACAGAGGGCCUCCCGACCGCCGUAUGGCCAGGCGGAGAGACUGAAGCUCUGACGAGAAUAGAGCGCCAUUUAGAAAGAAAAGCAUGGGUGGCAAACUUUGAGCGUCCGAGGAUGAACGCCAACUCGCUGCUGGCCAGCCCAACAGGCCUCAGCCCUUACCUGCGCUUCGGUUGUCUCUCGUGUCGUCUUUUCUACUUCAAACUCACCGACCUCUACCGCAAGGUGAAAAAGAACAGUUCCCCUCCUCUCUCGCUUUACGGACAGUUACUCUGGCGAGAGUUCUUCUACACCGCAGCCACUAACAACCCGCGCUUUGACAAAAUGGAGGGGAACCCCAUCUGUGUCCGAAUACCAUGGGACAAAAACCCUGAGGCGCUUGCCAAGUGGGCAGAGGCUAAGACUGGCUUCCCCUGGAUAGAUGCCAUCAUGACUCAGCUGAGGCAAGAGGGUUGGAUCCAUCACCUGGCUCGCCAUGCUGUGGCAUGUUUCCUCACCAGAGGCGACUUAUGGAUCAGCUGGGAAGAAGGAAUGAAGGUCUUUGAGGAGCUGCUUCUCGACGCCGACUGGAGCGUGAAUGCGGGUAGUUGGAUGUGGUUGUCUUGUAGUUCGUUUUUCCAGCAGUUUUUCCACUGCUACUGCCCUGUUGGCUUUGGCCGGCGUACUGAUCCUAACGGGGACUUCAUCAGACGUUACUUACCUAUCCUCAGAGCUUUCCCUGCUAAGUUUAUCUAUGACCCAUGGAACGCGCCGGAGUCUGUGCAAGCGGCCGCCAAAUGUGUCAUCGGUGUCCACUACCCAAAACCAAUGGUGCAUCACGCCGAGGCGAGUCGGCUCAACAUUGAGAGGAUGAAGCAAAUUUACCAGCAGCUGAGCCGAUACCGAGGACUGGGCCUGCUUGCAUCUGUUCCAUCCACCAAUGGCAACGGAAGUGGAGGAAUGAUGGCCUACUCGCCUGGAGAACAACAGCCGGGGACCAACAACAACAACAGCAGCAGCAACAACAGCGCCCCACACAUGCCUGGAGUGUCGGGCGGCUCUGUCGCCACGGGCAACGGCAGCGGGAGCAUUCUCCUCAACUUUGACAGCGAGGAACAGACAGGGCAGCGACUGCUGCCAGUGAUGCCGCAGCACGGUUACCAUACAGUGCCAGAAAACAACACAGCAAUCACCAACAGCCGACUUUACCACAAGUUUGCUGUGCCUCAACACCCAGGACUUGCAUACACCAGAGGUGGCAUCACAGGUAAACGCGAGCGGGAGUCGGAACGUGAUGGUUCGGGAGAGGAAGACCCGUCGUCCUGCUCGGGCCACAAGAUGCAAAGGCAGAGUGCAGAGGUGUUUCUGGUCUUGGUGCAUACAGUGAGCGCCAAAAAUCUUUGCGCAGAUCGGUGCAUAAAGAUUCCGAAACAAAACCAUCAGCACAUGCGCAUCACCCACGUGUCUGAUUUGAGAGGCUCUUCAGUUGCUCCCUGGGAACUGAGGGUAAAUAGUGCUUCAGACAGAGAGCCUGCAAACAUCGAGUAUGCUGUUUGCAAGAAUUGCACCGUGGCACAUAUGGUGGCGGAACCCAUCUACAUCGAGAUUCCGGUUUACAAGAGAAUACGCGACAUGAAACAAUUCUUGUGCAGGUGUCCCUACCGGGUGGCUGUGGGGUGCACUUGUGUUACCACAAAACAGGCAUGA